AUGAAGGGAGUUGUAGUGAAAGAGGAAGAAACAAUACAAUUUGCAGCUUCUACAUCUUCGUCUUCAUCCUCAACUUCCAACCUCUCCCCGCAACCCAUGGAAGGGUUGCACGAGGUGGGUCCCACUCCGUUUCUCACCAAAACCUUCGACGUUGUGGAAGACCCUUCCACCAACGACAUCGUUUCCUGGAGCAGAGCGCGUAACAGUUUCGUUGUUUGGGACUCUCACAAGUUCUCCACCACUAUCUUGCCUCGGUACUUCAAGCACAAUAAUUUCUCCAGCUUCGUCCGGCAGCUCAACACCUACGGUUUUAGAAAAGUUGAUCCUGACAAAUGGGAAUUUGCGAACGAAGGGUUUUUGGCUGGACAGAGGCACUUGUUGAAGACGAUCAAGAGAAGGAGGCACGUGACACAUACACAGUCACACGAGGGAGGAAGUGGGGCUUGUGUUGAAUUGGGGGAGUUUGGAUUGGAAGGUGAGAUUGAGAGGUUGAGGAGAGACAGGACAGUGUUGAUGGCUGAAAUUGUGAGGUUGAGGCAACAACAGCACAAUUCAAGGGAGCAAUUGCUGUCCAUGGAGACCAGAUUGCAAGUCACCGAGAAGAAACAUCAGCAGAUGAUGGCUUUUCUUGCUAAGGCACUCAACAAUCAGGCUUUUAUUCAGCAGUUCCUCCACAGGAACGCACAGAAGAUAGAGUUGCAAGGUGCUAAAAGAAAAAGGAGACUAACUGCCUCCCCAAGUGUAGAGAAUUUGCAGCAAGAUCCUGUCAUUGAUGUGGUAUUGCCAGUUGAAGAGGAAUCCGCAAGUAUUGAGUCGCACAUGGAGUCUCUUCUCUCAGCUGUUUGUGACGAUGAUCCAUUAGAAUCAAGCACUGAAAUCGAAGACCCGAUUUUGAGUUCAGUUCCUACUACUGGUGGUGGGAGUAUGGGGGUGGUGAGUGAUGCAAUCUGGGAGGACUUACUGAACCAAGACUUGGUUGCUGCGAACGAGGAAGUUGUGAUUGGUGACUUUUCACAAGUUGAUGUUCCUGUGGAGGAUUUGGUUACAGAGGCUGAUGAUGAGUGGAGUGAGGAUUUGCAGAACCUUGUGGAUCAUCUGGGUUAUCUUGGAUCCGUUGAAAAAGAUGAUACUAAUUCUAAUCUAGAAUAG